AUGACCAAAACCCCCACCCCCGCCGCCGUCACCGACGUCGUCAUAACCGACCGCGGCGGAAUUAUCGAGAACCGCCACCUCGUCCACGCCGCCGUCGUCGACAUCUCUUCUUCCUCCCCCGGGCGCAUCCUCUACGCCAUCGGCAACCCCCACCGCCCCACACUCUUCCGCUCCGCCGCCAAGCCCGCACAAGCCCUCGCCAUCCUCGAGACAGGCGGCUUCGACGCGUGCGGUUUUUCCUCCGCCGACUUGGCGCUGGUGUGCGCGUCGCACAGCAGCGAAGCGCGGCACGUGCAGCGCGCGCGGGCGAUGCUAGCUGCCGUCUCGCCCGCGCUGACGGAGGCGGACUUGCGGUGCGGCGGGCAUCCUGCGGUGUCGGAGAAAGUGAAUCGCGGGUGGAUUAAGAGUGACUUCGUGCCGGGGCCGCUGUGUAAUAAUUGCUCGGGGAAGCAUGUGGGUAUGAUUGCUGGGGCGAGGGCGCUGGGGGCGGAGGUGGGGUCGUAUCAUUUGCCGGAGCAUCCGAUGCAGGUGCGGGUGAGGAGGGCGGUGGAGGAGCUGUGUGGUGGCGGCGGGGAGGAGGACGGGGUCGAGGUGCGCUGGGCGACGGAUGGGUGUAACCUCCCCGCGCCGGCGGCGCCGCUGCAUACGUUGGCGAGGAAUUAUGCCGUGUUUGCGGCGGCGGCGGAUGAGGUUGCGGCGGCGGGGGAGACGGGGGAUGUGGAGGUGGAUGCGCGGAAGAGGCAUAUGGCGCGCAUUUUCAACGCCAUGGCGAGGCAUCCGGAGCAGGUGGGCGGGGAGGGACGCUUCUGCACCGUUCUGAUGGAGGCUUUCGGCGGGGCUCUAAUCGGCAAGAUUGGUGCGGACGGUUGCUAUGGCGUUGGCGUGAGGGCGUCGGAGCAGACUAAGCGUCUGGGUGCCGAGGGUGCAAUCGGCAUCGCAGUCAAGAUCGAGGACGGAAGCAUAGAGAUUCUGUAUGCUGUGGUGGCAGAAUUGCUGGAACAACUGCAGAUUGGGACGCCCGAGAUGCGCGAGAAGUUGGCCGUGUUUCAUCAUUUGAAACGGUUGAAUACUGCCCAGGUCGUCACUGGAAAGGUGUCUCUGCCGUUCAAAGUGCGGCCCUGGUGCAAUUGA